AUGGACAACGUCGCCUUGAACACGCCUGACACGAAGGAGUCAUACAAGAUGGCUCGAUUCAGAGCCACAACCUCGGGAUUAGUUGACUCAACACCCUUAGCUAGGACCGUCUUCAAGUUUAUUGCAGAGGACGCCCAGCAUGCUUCUGCCGGGAGUGGGCCACUACUACCGGAUAUCUUUUCUCCAUCUCGACGGAAAGGCAAGCGCGACUAUGUCGCUGGCAGUAGUGCAGACCUCGUGCGGAGUUGGAUCCUCAAUAUCUCUGCGGAGGAAAAACAAGCGGCUUCGAUCCCCGACAUGACCAUUGUUGUUCAAAACGUGAUGAAGGACAGCAGCGGUCGUUUCGUUGUUGUUGUGGACGAGGAUGGUUCGCAAUGGCUGCUCCCGGCACAACAUCAAAAGGAAUCCGCUGGUCGCAAGACGACCUGGGCUGAGCUGGGUCUAGGCACACGUAUCCUUCUCAAAGGCCAAUCUACGAGAUGGUCUCUUCGUCUGGAAUCAGCCUCCAAAGACCUCAGUGUUGCUGCGUACUGGGAGCUUCUCUCGAGGGGAGAGCCCCUGAGAUGA